AUGCUCCGGCGGCUCAGCCCCGGGCGGGCCCGGCUCCCGGCGGCGGCACCGGCUGCCGCUCCCUCCUCCUCCUCCUUCUCCUCCUCCUCCUCCGAGCGCGUCGGGAGCCGCGCCGAGCCCCUGCGGGCGGUGCCGCCGCCGCCGCCGUGUUUGGGGCGAGCGCGGCGGCGGCGGGGGGAGCAGCUCUGCGGCGCUCCGGGCCCCGGCAAUGGUGACAGCGGCGCGGGGCGCGCCCCCGGCCCGGCCCCGCUCCGCUCCCCGCCCCGGGGGCCGGGCGGUCGCUCCCUCGGCUCUUCCCGGCGGCGGCUCCUCAGGGCGGCACGGCCGCGCUCAUCCCCCGGCCCGCUGCGCUCGCCGGCGCGGGGCGCCCAUCAUGGCCGCGGCUUCCGAGAGGGACGGCGGGCGGCGCCGCCACGCCCACGCGACGCAUCCGCCAACACACAAAGUAGUCCCUCCCACCCCGCCACCGGAGAAGCGGAGAAGCGGCGCGCCGGAUAUACCGGGGGGACGGAUCGCGCUGCGCGCGCCGUCCGUACCCCUCUGCCCGCCGGCCCCUCUCGCCCCACGGAAGCGGCGGGGGAGGGGGGGGCGAGCGGAGAGCGGCGAGCGGAGGGAUACGGGCGGCUAAAUAUAUUUGGGACCGAUCUUCAUCCACUUACCCCGGUGCCAACCCUGGCCUCCAGGAGCACUUUGUGGCCACAGAUGUCCCUGUCAGCCCCCUCGAUUUCCACACUCCCCCUUUCCUCCAGCUGCAAACCCCAAACUGAUGAGGUGCCAAGUGUCCAAGGCCAGCCGGCCCGUUCCACUGGAGCUGCGAAUGGAAAGCCCACGCGGACCCUGGGAAGGAAACCAGUCACACCCCUGAGCACAAACCCUCAACAUCUGCAUGAACUGGAGCCCAAUCCAAUCCUGGCCACCAGCCUGAAAAAAUUGCGCUUCUCCACAUCUUUUAGAAGUAUUUUUUGAUGGGAUUUCUUUCAGGGGUUGCCACCUCAGCAGUGACAAAACGAAUGAACGAGCACAAUGGUCCACAUGAGCUGAGAAACAAAAGCCUCCAGGAGAUUCUUUGCUUUAUUUUUACCAUCAAAGCCUGCAGGAGCGGCAUGAAAGGGAAGGACUUGCCUGAAGAAAUUCCUGCUGCUGUCCCACCUGAGCCUCCCCUGGCACAGCCCGAGGCCGUUUCCUCUCGUCCUGCCUCUCCUCAAGGAAAAGCUUGGCUGGAGAGCAGAAGGGCAGGAGCGAAAUUGCCAAAGCUCUGGGUUAAUUACAGCUCUUGGAGACAUCUUGUCAUUUCCACCUUUUUCCUGGGCAUUCUUCUCUCACUAUAUGUGCCUGUUGUAAACACGUGAGGUACGUUUUAUAUCGGCUAUGUAUGUAUAAAUUAUAUAUAACCUAGAUAAAACAUAGGUCUUAUUUUAGAUUUAUAUUACAAUUUUGCGUUUCUCUCCA